AUGCACACCUUCGGCACCUUCUUCGUUGCCAUCCUCGCCGCCACUGGCUACGCGGCCGUCGUGCCUACCAAGAUCGGUAUCCCUGAUCAGGGCACAUUCUCUGUGCGCGCAGUGCCCAACCCAGGUUUCCAACACAGGAACGGUGCCAUCGCCCUCGCCAAGGCUUACAACAAGUUUGGCAAGGCGGCGCCCGCUGACGUUGCUGCCGCUGCCGCCAAUGCCACCGAGAGCCGUUUGUCAAAGCGCACCACCGGUUCAGCCACGGCUUCCCCCGAGGCCAACGAUGUCGAGUACUUGACCCCUGUGCAGAUUGGCACGCCGGCACAGAACCUCGUCCUCGACUUCGACACUGGUUCCAGUGAUCUCUGGGUUUUCAGCACCGAGCUGCCUAGCUCUCAGGUCAACGGACAGACUCGGUACAACCCCGCCUCUAGCUCGACCUCAUCGAAGGUUGCCGGUGCCAAAUGGUCCAUUAGCUACGGCGAUGGUAGCAGCUCCAAGGGGGACGUGUACCUGGACAAGGUGACCAUUGGUGGCCUCACCGUGAAGAAGCAGGCUGUUGAGGCAGCCCAGAAGGUUUCCAGCUCUUUCACCUCGGACCCCCUGGAUGGUCUUUUGGGCCUCGCCUUCAGCUCUAUCAACACUGUUUCUCCCUCGCAGCAGUUGACCUUCUUCGACAAUGCGAAAUCCACUCUGGAUGCUCCCUUGUUCACUGCUGAUCUGAAGCACGCUGCGGCUGGCAAGUACAACUUUGGUUACAUUGACAAGACCGCCUACAAGGGUGCCAUUACCUACACCAAUGUCGACAACAGCGACGGCUUCUGGUCCUUCACCUCGACCGGUUACCAGGUCGGAACCGCAGCCUUCAAGUCUUCUCCCGUCACCGGCAUUGCUGACACCGGCACCACGCUGCUCCUGCUCCCCACCUCCGUCGUCUCGGCCUAUUACGCACAGGUCAGCGGCGCCAGGUACGACAGCUCGCAGGGUGGCUAUGUUUUCAGCUGCAGUGCUACCCUCCCUGCCUUCACGUUUGGCGUCGAGUCUGCGCGCAUCAUGAUCCCCGGAAGCUACAUCAACUUUGCCCCCGUUGAUGACUCGGGAUCUGUUUGCUUCGGCGGCAUCCAGCGCAACACGAACAUUGGCUUCUCCAUCUUCGGCGAUGUGGCCCUCAAGGCCGCUUUCGUUGUCUUCAACAGUGGUGACCUGACUCUCGGUUGGGCCUCGAAAUAA